UGGCUCAAUGAUGAGAUCGUCAAUACCUAUCUUGGCGACCUGGUAAAGCAUGCCCAGCAGAAGCUUGGCUAUACGGCUGCCGACAAGAAGGCGGGCAAGGCCCCGCCGUUUCACAACUAUCAGUCAUUUUGGUUCCAGACAGCGAAGAAAGGAGUUAAAGGUGUCCUUAGCUGGGACAACCGUGCCAGACUCAACAAUGGCCGUCUCCUCGAGUGCGAAGCCGUGUUUAUCCCUAUAUGCGAACACCACCAUUGGCGCCUACUCAUUAUUUCCGGAACCAGACGAAGAAUUGAGUACUUUGACUCUCUUCACGGCAAUGCCGAACCUUUCAUCAGGACGGCUCAUGAAUGGGUCAUGGCCAGCCUGGGAAAGCUAUACAAAGAAGAGGAAUGGACGAUCGUCCGCGACCACAAUAGCCCACGCCAACAGAAUGGCAGCGACUGUGGAGUCUUUGCCUGCAUGACUGCCUUAUCCACCGUCCAAGGC